GGAAGCCUGGUUAGUGGAGGCCUGUCCGUCACGUCAGGAACGCUGAGCUGAGAGCUGGUUCCACAGGAACGCUCCUGCCUGACUGGCCGCCUCACCGAGCCCCGGAGUCCCAAAUACCUUUCCAGCCCGUCAGCAUGUCGUUCAUCCCGGUGGCCGAGAACUCGGACUUCCCCAUUCACAACCUGCCCUACGGUGUCUUCUCCACCAUAGGCAACCCGAGACCAAGGAUUGGCGUGGCCAUUGGUGACCAGAUCUUGGACCUCAGUGUCAUUAAGCACCUUUUCACUGGGCCUGUCCUCUCCAAACACCAGGAUGUCUUUGAUCAGCCAGUUCUCAACAGCUUCAUGGGCCUGGGUCAGGCCGCCUGGAAGGAGGCGAGAGCUUUCUUGCAGAAUUUGCUGUCGGCCACUCAGUCUCAGCUCCGAGAUGACACGGAACUUCGGAAGCGUGCGUUCAUCUCCCAGGCUUCUGCCACGAUGCACCUUCCAGCUGCCAUAGGUGACUACACAGACUUCUACUGCUCUCGGCAGCAUGCCACAAAUGUCGGAAUCAUGUUCAGGGGCAAGGAGAAGGCACUGAUGCCCAAUUGGCUGCACUUGCCGGUGGGCUAUCACGGCCGUGCCUCUUCCAUCGUGGUGUCGGGCACCCCGAUCCGAAGGCCCAUGGGGCAGAUGAGACCCGAUGACUCUAAGCCUCCCGUGUACGGUCCCUGCAAACUGUUGGACAUCGAGUUGGAAAUGGCGUUCUUUAUAGGCCCUGGGAACAAAUUUGGAGAGCCAAUCCCCAUUUCCAAAGCCCAUGAGCACAUUUUUGGGAUGGUCCUCAUGAACGACUGGAGCGCUCGAGACAUUCAGAAGUGGGAGUACAUCCCUCUCGGGCCGUUCCUGGGGAAGAGUUUCGGAACCACCAUAUCUCCGUGGGUGGUGCCCAUGGAUGCCCUCAUGCCCUUCGUGGUGCCCAACCCAGAGCAGGACCCCAAGCCCCUGCCGUACCUCUGCCAUGACCAGCCCUACACGUUCGACAUCCACCUCUCUGUCACCCUGAAAGGAGAAGGAAUGAGCCAGGCAGCUACCAUAUGCAAGUCCAACUUCAAGUACAUGCACUGGACAAUGCUGCAACAGCUCACUCACCACGCUGUCAACGGCUGCAACCUGCGGCCCGGGGACCUCCUGGCCUCCGGAACCAUCAGCGGGCCGGAGCCAGAAAGCUUUGGCUCCAUGUUGGAGCUGUCAUGGAGGGGGACGAAGGCCAUUGAGCUGGGGAACGGACAGACCAGGAAGUUCCUGCUGGAUGGGGAUGAAGUCGUCAUCACAGAAAUGGCCUCGGACAUCCCCGGCUCGGUGUCGCUGCCCGUGGCGCCCAUGGCGGCCUCCGGACAGGUGCGGAUGGCGGGGGCCAUACCUGCCCGCGGAGGGAAGCGGCGUUCCGGAAUGGACUUCGAUGACGAAGAUGGGGAAGGUCCCAGCAAAUUCUCCAGAGAGAACCACAGUGAGAUCGAGCGUCGCCGGCGGAACAAGAUGACGCAGUACAUCACGGAGCUGUCGGACAUGGUGCCCACCUGCAGCGCGCUGGCCCGCAAGCCGGACAAGCUGACCAUCCUGCGCAUGGCCGUGUCACACAUGAAGUCCAUGCGGGGCACCGGCAACAAGUCCACGGACGGCGCCUACAAGCCCUCCUUCCUCACCGAGCAGGAACUGAAGCAUCUCAUCCUGGAAGCAGCCGAUGGGUUUCUGUUUGUCGUGGCGGCCGAGACGGGGCGGGUGAUCUACGUGUCUGAUUCCGUCACCCCCGUGCUGAACCAGCCGCAGUCGGAGUGGUUCGGGAGCACCCUCUACGAGCAGGUGCACCCCGACGACGUGGAGAAGCUGAGAGAGCAGCUGUGCACCUCGGAAAACUCCAUGACAGGCCGGAUCCUGGACCUGAAGACGGGGACGGUCAAGAAGGAAGGGCAGCAGUCGUCCAUGAGGAUGUGCAUGGGCUCGCGGCGGUCCUUCAUCUGCAGGAUGAGGUGCGGGAACGCUCCGUUGGACCACCUCCCUCUCAGCAGAAUAACCACCAUGAGGAAGCGGUUCAGGAACGGCCUCGGCCCCGUGAAGGAGGGGGAAGCCCAGUACGCCGUGGUCCACUGCACGGGGUACAUCAAGGCCUGGCCCCCCGCAGGCAUGACCAUACCCGAGGAGGACACAGACGUGGGGCAGGGCAGCAAGUACUGCCUCGUGGCGAUCGGGAGGCUGCAGGUGACCAGCUCUCCCGUGUGCAUGGACAUGAGCGGGGUGUCGGCGCCCACGGAGUUCCUGUCCCGCCACAGCUCCGACGGGACCAUCACGUUUGUGGACCCGAGGUGCAUCAGCGUGAUCGGCUACCAGCCCCAGGAUCUGCUGGGAAAGGACAUCCUGGAGUUCUGCCACUCGGAGGAUCAGAGCCACCUGCGAGAGAGCUUUCAGCAGGUGGUCAAGCUGAAGGGCCAGGUGCUGUCGGUGAUGUACCGGUUCCGCACCAAGAACCGCGAGUGGCUGCUGAUCCGCACCAGCAGCUUCACCUUCCAGAACCCGUACUCGGACGAGAUUGAGUACGUCAUCUGCACCAACACCAACGUCAAGCAGCUCCAGCAGCAGCAGGCGGAGCUGGAGGUGCACCAGAGGGACGGGCUGUCCUCGUACGACCUAGCACAGGUCCCCGUCCCCAGCCUGCCAGCCGGUGUUCACGAGGCCGGGAAGCCCGUGGAGAAGGCGGAUGCCAUCUUCUCUCAGGAGAGGGACCCCCGCUUCGCCGAGAUGUUCGCAGGGAUCGGAGCGUCGGAGAAGAAGAUGAUGAGCUCAGCCUCGUCCGCGGGAACCCAGCAGAUCUACUCCCAAGGAAGCCCGUUCCCUGCUGGACACUCAGGCAAGGCCUUCAGCUCUUCCGUGGUGCACGUGCCCGGCGUGAACGACAUGCAGUCGUCCUCCUCCACCGGCCAGAACCUGCCCCAGAUCUCCCGGCAGCUGAACCAGAGCCAGGUGGCGUGGACCGGCAGUCGGCCCCCCUUCCCGGGGCAGUCCAGCAAGACGCAGUCCUCCCCCUUUGGGAUCGGAACGAGCCACAGCUACCCGGCCGACCCCGCCUCCUACAGCCCGCUGUCCAGCCCCGCGACCUCCUCGCCCAGCGGGAACGCCUACUCCGGUCUGGCCAGCAGGACUCCGGGGUUCGCUGAGAGCGGACAGAGCGGCGGGCAGUUCCCCGGGCGGCCCUCGGAAGUCUGGUCGCAGUGGCAGAGCCAGCACCACGGGCAGCAGAGCGGCGAGCAGCACGCGCACCAGCCCGGGCAGGCGGAAGUGUUCCAGGUAAAUGCAGCGGCCGCCGCCUUCUCGAAGGACAUGCUGCCCAUGCCCGGAGACCCGACCCAGGGGACAGGCAACUACAACAUCGAGGACUUCGCCGACCUGGGCAUGUUCCCGCCGUUUUCUGAGUAGCCAAGGACAGGGCGAGGUCUCCGCUGCACAGUGCUCCCAGGCUGUGACGGGGACGCCCCCGUGAGCGGGGCCACCCCUCUCUGCGCUUGCUGUGCCGCAGAAGCCCCCCAGCAGAAGGCGCCCUUCCCCCCAGAGGGCCCCCAGGCACAGCAUUGCUCGGCUCUAACCCGCUCGGCCGCCGACCGGAUCCUCGCGGGACACUGGGGGUCAGUUGUAUUUAUUGCGUUGAAUCUGUGUGUCUUCGGGAGGUAUGGCCACUGGGCCCGUCAAACUCAGUUGUGCGUAAUCUCGUCACAGACAAGUGUCACUGACAGAGAGUUUGGUUACGUCCCAGAGUCCCCAAGCACCCCCGGCCCAGGCCCGCCCGGCAAGCCAGGCCCUGGUUUCUUCUUGCCUCUGUCUUCUGUGGGUGGGUGGGCCUGGGGCGCCCGCAGCGGAGGCGAGCGGGAGGCACAGCCUGUGUCCUGUGAGCUGGACAGGAGCCCGGCUGGGGGACACAGGUGGCCGAGGCUCCUCCACCCCCAGCUCCCCAAGCCCGUGUGUCUCGUGCUGUGGACGUGUACCUUGUGCAGUGUGACGUGAGUCCCUGUCCCGAUGGCUGUGCUGUGCCCGCGUCUGCUCUGUGGGGACAGAGCAAGUGUCCCGAGUGAUGUGCAGUCCCUCCCCGUGCGUGGCCCACAGGCUGGGUGCCGGCCGCCGGCCGCGGGUUCUGCUCUGCGCUCCCUUGGUGAGGGUUGGCCUCAUGCAGCCCAGAGCCCGAAGGGGGUCCCAGGGCCCUUGUGCAGCCCUGGGAAUGGGAGGGGGGCGCCCCGGCUGCCUGUCCUGUGCCACCAGGUGGCUUCCCAGGACCAGCCUCGAGACGGCCCGUUCUGCUCAGUGACAGUGGAGACAGUUUACGGGUGAGCCCCGCGUCAGCCCUGUGGGCUGCCCCCGGGGGCCCGGCUCACUUGGGGAGCCCCGUCUGCACCGUCCAGCAUGCCGGGCGGGGCGCCCACAGUCGGCAGCUGCUUCCUGUGACCCCGGUUCCCAGACUCCAGACUCCCGCCGAGUUCAGCCUCCAGAGCGGCUGUGGCCCUCUGUGAACGGGCUCAGGGGCCUUGGCUUCGGGGGAAGUGGUGGGAGGCAGGAACUCUGCUCCCCUUAACACCCCAGACCCGAGGGGCUUCCCUGGGGGCCCAGCUGGGCAACCCCCGCCUCGUGCCCCACCACCGGCCCAGGAGACAGGCAUAAUCAUUUCCACAAAAAGGGCACAAAAACAGCUUUUGCAUCAGAGAGUGAUUUCUCGGUAAAACGAAAACAGACUGUGGCCUUUAGCCUGUGAGUCGGGAAGUGUCAGGAGUUUUGUGUGUGUUUGUCUUUCUGGUUGUUUUUUUUUUGGAAGGAACUUUAGGGGGUUUCCGAGGUGACGUGUGAGGUUGACCCACUGGCCGUCCCCGUGUCCACCGGGCAGUGAAUGGCUGGGGGCGGACGCGGGCAAGAUCUUGCUCCCUGGGACCGCGAGUACCCUCCUCUAGCUUCAACUCAACCCAACGGGGUGCAGACCAUCUCCGUUCUCGGUCCCGGGAGGCGAGGAUUGGUGGGUGACGGAGAGCCCGGUGCCUUGAUUGGUGCCCACAGAGAGGCCGUGCGUCCCCCGGGUCAGCACCCGGGGGUGCUAUCGGGGCUCCUGCUCGAUGCCCGAGAGAACGAGCGAUGGGCUCAUGUGUGUUGGCGCUGGAGCCGGGACGUAGCCGUGGGCUCUCACCCGCCAGCCCGCUCACCGAGAGGCCAGGCCAGGUCCCUCACAGCACUAGGCAGCCACACGCCACCAUAGAAAUGAGCUCCGUCGGACCAGCGCACAUGGGUUUGCUCAGUGGGGCGCUGGGCCUGCUCCCCUCACCAAACCCUUGUCUCCUGUCCAAAGGGGCCACCCUGCUGUCCCCACUUCCCCCACUGCCCGGGACCUGAGGCAGCAUGAAGAGGCCCCGCCGUGGUGCAGGCCCCUUUCCCGUGGGCCGGGGCCGGCGGCCAGAGCUGGUUUUGUGGCCGAGCCCCCGGCCCGGGCUCGUGGGGUGCCCGCCGACCACGUAGGCGGCCAGAGCAGGACGAGCCUCCCUUCCCGUCAGAGGUGAGGACGCCCAGGACGAGCGCCCGUGGGUGGUGUGAGCGCCCGACCGUCACUCCGCUCGCCUUCCUCCUCCUGGACGUGAACUGUGCCGCGGACCAACCCCCGUCUGUGCCCCCUGAGUGUUCUCGAUGACUAACGGUUAUCGCGUCAGUCGUGUGUCUGUGGAACUCAUGUAACGGCCUUUUAACAAUUUCGUUGCAGUAAAAACAACUUUGUUCUGAA